CGCGCCCUUCCUCGGCGAGCCGGGUCCCGCCGCCGGGCGCGCGCCUCGCGCCGGUAUAUCUGAACCUUCUUUUAUUGCUAAAAGUGAAGAUCGUUUGUUUAAACAUUUAUUUCAAGACUAUCAAAGAUGGGUUCGUCCAGUGGAACGGUUGAAUGAUACAAUAAAAAUAAAGUUUGGUCUUGCAAUCUCCCAACUAGUUGAUGUGGACGAGAAAAAUCAAUUAAUGACAACAAAUGUUUGGCUGAAACAGGAAUGGAUAGAUGUAAAAUUAAGGUGGAAUCCUGAGGACUAUGCUGGAAUAACAUCUAUUCGUGUCCCAUCAGAUUCUAUUUGGAUUCCAGAUAUUGUUUUGUAUGACAAUGCAGAUGGACGUUUUGAGGGAACAUCUACAAAAACAGUGGUAAAAUAUGAUGGCACCRUUGCUUGGACUCCACCAGCAAACUACAAAAGUUCCUGUACUAUUGAUGUAACCUUCUUCCCCUUUGACCUUCAGAACUGCUCCAUGAAAUUUGGAUCCUGGACUUACGAUGGCUCACAGGUUGACAUAAUUMUAGAAGAUUAUGAUGUUGACAAAAGAGAUUUCUUUGAUAAUGGAGAAUGGGAAAUAGUGACUGCAACUGGAAGCAAAGGAAAUAGAACUGAUGGAUGCUGCUGGUAUCCAUUUAUUACAUAUUCCUUUAUAAUUAGGCGUUUGCCACUUUUUUACACAUUGUUUCUCAUUAUUCCCUGCAUAGGACUCUCAUUUUUAACUGUUCUCGUUUUCUAUCUUCCUUCAAAUGAAGGUGAAAAAAUUUCCCUUUGCACAUCGGUAUUGGUGUCAUUGACUGUUUUUCUUCUUGUUAUUGAAGAGAUUAUUCCAUCAUCUUCUAAAGUAAUUCCGCUUAUAGGAGAGUACUUGGUGUUUACUAUGAUAUUUGUGACACUGUCCAUUGUAAUAACAGUCUUUGCUAUCAAUAUUCAUCAUCGAUCUUCAUCUACACACAAUGCUAUGGCACCUUGGGUGCGCAAGAUAUUUCUUCACAGACUUCCCAAGCUGCUUUGUAUGAGAAGUCAUGUUGAUAGAUACUUUGCUCAGAAGGAGGAAACAGUCAAUAUCAGUGGGUCAGAAUCGUCCAGGAACACGUUGGAAGCAGCUUUAGAUUCUAUUCGAUACAUUACAAGGCAUGUCAUGAAGGAGAAGGAAGUUCGGGAGGUUGUUGAAGACUGGAAAUUCAUUGCUCAGGUGCUUGAUCGAAUGUUCUUAUGGACUUUUCUUCUCGUUUCAGUAAUUGGAUCGCUUGUGUUAUUUAUUCCUGUAAUUCAUAAAUGGGCAAGUAUAAUAGUGCCUAUGCAUAUAGGAAGUACAAAUACAUAAAUAUUUUGUCCAGAUGACAUGCCUUUAGAAAGGCCCAUAGUAGCUCUGUUUCCAUCCAUUUCCAUGUAGCUGUGUUUCUGAUAGAAUAAAAUAUAAAUAAAUAAAAAYCCAAGAACAGAAAAGGAUGCUUUUGUUAAAGCAUGGCACUGUAAGACAAGGAGGUCAGUUUGCUUAGUGCUAACCUACUAAUUCACAUCUAAUCUGUUCA